AGUGCUCGCUACCACCCUUCGGGGAAUCUUGACUUACUAAACCUGACCACAGCAAAACACAUUCCGGCUGGAAUUCUGCUCCUGCUGUAACUUAAAACACCCAAAAAUGCGGUGGAAAUCACUGCUACUAUUCCUUUCGAGCGGGAUCUCUCUUUGCUUAGGCGCACGGCCUCUUGAAAUUGGGUUGGAAGCUGUGUUUUCCAAGCCGUCUUAUUUGGCUCUUUUUGCGGAAACAUUGCAUGCUGAAAGCCCUGAAGCAUUCUACUGGUUUCUCAAUAGCGUGUCUGAUCGUCCAUUAGAGUCUUCAAGCCCCAAGGCUGCAUAUGAUGACCUGUUAAUACGAUUGCAAAAUGAAAAUGUCCUUGAUGACGAAACGCUUAGUAGUUUCCAGUUCGCACUCGCACUCUCUUCUGGCGCGCCAAAGCUGGCUGCUUUCCACAGUCUAGUUGAUGAGAAGAAUGUUGAAUGCAAUUCUUGGAUACUUGGAAGAGACGGUCCCUCGUGCAAGGUUCCUACGUCCUUCAGCAGCAUUCCUAAAAUUAAUGUUUAUGAGAAAAAUAAUUUGGAUUAUGUGUAUGAUGACUGUUCGGUCGAGACUCCUACUGUCAUUGCUGUCACGGACUUUGGAGUCGAAUUCGCCGGCUUCCAUAAGCAGCUUAUGCCUCUUGCGGAGUCUUGCAAAAUUCGUUAUGUGAUUCGCUAUUCACCAUCUCCUAAAACGACUGAGGAGCCUUUGCGUGUUGCUGGUUUCGGUGCUCACGCCUCACUUAAACGCACAGACUAUCUAGUUGUAGACGACCGUGAAGUCAAAAUUUCUUCACAAGAAGCCGGCUCUGUUUCUACCGAUAACGAACAGAAGCUGUUUGCUGAUCUUGAUGAUAACUUAGAGGCUGUUCCGGAAGAGCAACUUGAACAACUUGGCUCAUUAACGGCACAGUAUAUCUCCCAGCAGGAAGAUCCCUUGACUGUCCUUCGCAAACUUAGUCAGGAUUUCCCUCUUUAUGCACACAAGAUUGCUGGCGAACAGUUGAACAAGCAGUUUAUUGAAAAUAUCACCGCGUUUCAGGAGCGAAUUAUUCCCGAGGGAACCAAUAUCGUUUCUUUCAAUGGUAUUCCCGUGGAUGUGAAUGAAUUAGACGCUUUUUCCCUUCUCUCAAUGCUCCGUUCGGAACGGGCGAUUGUGAAUGACUUGAAAAAACUUGGAUUAUCUCCCCACGAAGCUCAGCAAGUACUUUGCAGUGAUAAGUUUGGACGUGACAGUAACGAAAUUGUUCUCCCCAAGUUUGACUACCGCGAUGAUACCGAAGGUGGAAAUGUCAUCGUUUGGGCGAAUGAUUUGGAAAAUGAUCCUCGAUAUUCCGAAUGGCCUACGGAGGUUCAAAACUUUUUGCGUCCCUUAUAUCCUGGACAAUUACAUAUGGUUCGCAAACAGUUACACACUGUGAUAUACCCAGUGGAUCCCAGUAGCUCCAUCAGCGCACAGUUUGUUCGUGACUUGCUCAUGACAACGCAACGCGUAAUUCCCAUCCAAACUGGUAUGGUUUGUCGUGCUUCCGGAGAUAAUGUUGUGGGUCAGGUAUUAUGUCGAGCCUUCCACUUCCUUCGCAACGAGGCAGACAUCGAUACUGCACUGUCCUUUUUAUUGAACUGUUUGCAAGAGGAUGACAAGACUGAUGUCUGGUCUUUAGUUGAGAAGCAUAUGCCUCCUUUGUUGAGGGAUGAUGAGUCUCUUGAUUCCCUUCAUAAUAUUCUCUACUCACCAUUUUUCGACGCUUUAAUGGCCAACAGUAAUUCAUGGAUGAAUCGUCUUAGUAUUGAUCCUCACAAUAGGGAUAUUAUUGUUAAUGGCCGUAUCAUUGACUAUGGUAAUGAUUUUCACCAAAAUAUGUUGGGUAUCUUCAUUGAGGAUAUUCCCCAAGUGCAGACAGCAGUCGCUAUGUACAAACUUACUGAUGAUGAUGAUCUGCUUGACUUUGCAUUGUCUGAUGCUUUACCCAAGCGUAAUGCACUUGUGUAUCCUUCCUCCAAAAAUGUACAACGAAAUGUGAAUCUUCAGGCUUCCUUAAACUCAUUGGGUCUCACAUUAAAUGAUGUGUUGCUUUUUGGACGGAAAAGUGCUCCAAUCACUCUUUGGUUGAUCACUGAUUUUUCUGCGCCCGAGUUUGGUACCUUUAUAACAACGCUGGAAGAAUUGCAACAGGACGUGAGUGAUAUCUCUGUUGUUUUGUUGCCUAACUCUAACACAACCGACUCGGUUUCUCUUCAACUCGUUGAACGUGUUAAAGCAAGAAUUGCCCCUCGACUGAGCCAACUCGAGGAUUUAUAUGAUUUGUAUCAACCCGAACACAAGGUCAAAGCGGAAACUAAAGAACUAAUGGAGAAAUACCUUAAGCUUGUCAGCAUUAUUGGUGUUUCUGAACAUGAAACUGGUAUCCUAAUGAACGGACGUUUAAUCACACCGCUUAGCCCUGACAGUUUGAAUGUUGAUGAUCUUGCUGAAUUGGCAUAUAUCGAGCGCAACAAUUUUGUGGAGAUUUUAGAAGAUUUGAUUAAGAAUCCACGAGUAUGUCUCCCCUUCCUUAGUUCAUAUCUGAAGGAGUUGAAGACGAGACCCUUCCAAGCUGUUGGGUAUGGACAAACGCAAAUGUCGUUCCCUCGGGACUCUUAUGUCGAUAAACUUAAACAGCAUGCUACAUUUUCUUAUGGUGACGUGGAAACGGCCAUGUACAGUGUAGUUGCUAUCAUUAACCCUCUUUCAGCAGAAGCACAAAAACUGUCGGUUUUCCUCGAGACGCUCUCUAAAAUGAACAGCGUCUUUAUUAUGGUUAUUUUGAACCCUCAACAAAAACUAGAGGAGCUUCCGCUGAAACGUUACUAUCGAUACUCCAUUGCGUCGGUACCCCAAUUUGAUGAGCAAGGUAAUAUGGUUCCUCCAAGCGUUAUUUUUGAUAACCUGCCUGCCGAUGUUCUCUUAACAAUGGAUCUUGAAACUAGAGACGCUUGGGUUGUUAUGCAGAAGGAUGUGCAGUUGGAUUUGUAUAAUGUUAAACUUCCACAUACAGAGUCGAACGAAAACUUGACUCCGUUGACAGCCACUUAUGAGUUGAAGAACAUCCUCGUUCAAGGAUAUUCAACUGAGAGACAGUCUGGAAGACCUCCUCGUGGUAUGCAGGUUUUGUUAAGUAACAAAGACGGUUCUUAUAAAACGGAUACCAUUGUCUUAGCUAAUUAUGGCUAUUUUCAACUUAAGGGUAAUCCCGGUAUAUUUACAAUUGCGCCUAAGUCUGGACGUUCGGAGGAGAUUUUCAGCAUUGAUGGUGUGAAUCAUGGUACCACCGACAACUCUCUCACGAUUUCCGGCUUUGAGGGUGUUAUUCUGCAUCCCACAGUUUCAAGAAAUCCUGGUUACGAAAAUGAGGAUGUCUUGAAGCCUGAUGCGCCUUCACAUAAAUUCCUGAACAAGCUUCUUCGUCCGUUUAGAGGUGCACAAAAAGAUGAGCAUGCGGAAAUUAAUAUCUUCUCUCUCGCCAGUGGGCAUUUGUAUGAACGGUUCAUUUACAUUAUGACCAGAAGUGUUAUGGAACACACGAAGCAUACAGUUAAGUUUUGGUUUAUUGAGAACUUUUUGUCGCCAUCAUUUAAACGAGACAUUGCAAUUUUGGCAGAAAAAUACAAGUUCAAGUACGAGUUUGUGACCUACAACUGGCCCCAUUGGCUUCGCAAGCAAACGGAGAAGCAACGAGAGAUUUGGGGUUACAAGAUCUUGUUCUUGGAUGUUUUGUUCCCAUUGGAUUUGGAGAAGGUUAUCUUUGUUGACGCCGACCAAAUUGUCCGCGCUGAUUUAAAGGAAUUGAUGGAUCUUGAUUUGAAGGGAGCACCAUACGCAUACACACCCAUGUGUGACUCUCGCACUGAAAUGGAGGGAUUCCGUUUUUGGAAGCAAGGUUACUGGAAGAAGUAUUUGCGCGGCAUGAAGUACCACAUUAGUGCAUUAUAUGUUGUCGACUUGGAUCGUUUCCGUCACAUGGGAGCCGGUGAUUUACUGCGUCGUCAAUACCAACUUUUAUCUGCUGAUCCAGAAUCUUUGUCAAAUUUGGAUCAAGAUCUGCCUAACCAUUUACAGCGCAUGAUCCCCAUUUAUUCUUUACCGCAAGAAUGGCUUUGGUGUGAAACAUGGUGUAGCGACGAAAGCUUGAAGAAAGCCAAGACAAUCGACUUGUGUCAAAACCCUUUAACCAAGGAAAAGAAGCUGGAUCGUGCCCGUCGUCAAGUCACUGAGUGGACAACGUACGACGAUGAGAUCCACGAUCUUUUAGAACACGAGUUGCAUAAAGAGGAAGCCCGUCCCGAGAGCAUCCGUCAACCUCAGCAAGUUCUACAGCUGUCGCAACAAUCAACACAAUCGAAUCCCUCUUCUAACGAGGGUGUCGAUGAGUUGUAAGCAUGUUUUCCAUCUGCCCCCUUUUUCCACCUUUUGAUGUGUUGUCGGUAACCUAUGUAUCCUUUUACCCUCCUGCAUCCUUCAGAAAAAAAGCGUCUUAUAGAAUGACGCGUCUUUAUUGACGUCUCAAAUGUUUAGUCAUAACAUUUGAUCCAUUAUUCAUUUAAUGAAUGUACUACCAAGCAGCUAUAGCAUAGAAUACAAGCUUUAACCUUUCGCAUGAAUAACUCAAUUCGACGCGAUAGUUUAGGGAGGAAAAGGAAAUGUGAGGCAGGAAGAGAGACUCAGCGGGUAG